AUGAGCGGGUUCUCUCUGAUGACUGAAGAGAUUAUGCAAAACAUACUCUCAAGGUUACCAGCUUUGACAUUUGCAUAUGCUACCUGUGUUGACAAACGCUGGUACAAAACAUGCAGCCAAAUACUCAAAAGGCCCAAGCUAGCGUCUGCUCUCUCCCUCAACCCUUCUGUCCAUGAUGCUGUGGAAGAGGUUAUUGAGCAGGUUCUCUCUGAGCCUAUUCGUCCACACUUUGCUAUUGCCUGUAUCUGUAAGCAGUUCAACUUGGAACUGACUCAUGGACUGAUAAUUAAAAAACUAGGUUCAAACAUCCCAAUCAUUACUAAUGUUGCCAGUGGAAUCAUUGGUGUUGAUGGCCUUGCUGAUGAAUUGUAUGAGGAAAAAUGGGAGUCAACAACUGGUGGUCCUAAUUCACAAGUAUCAGAUACAGCUGAACGAGGAUUAGUUUUGCUUGUUGGAUUUUUACCUGGACUCAAAAUCGGCACUAUUCCACUGUUACGAUCGAGGAAGGAAUCCGAUACCUUGGCUGACAAAUUUGUGAUGGAUAUUUUCCAUUACACAGCUGUUGUAUCAGAUUGUGCAGCCCCUACUGGGAUCAUAUUAUUUGGAGAUAAAGCCGCUGACAUGAAACCUAUUGUUGCAAAGAUGGAUUCUGCAAUGCCAGAAGAAACAGUCAUUGUAGGCGAUGCAAGUGCAGACUUCAUUUUUAGAAAUGGGGAUAAUUCUCUAAACCAUCUUGCGCAUUCUUGCCACUUUCAAGCUGUUGCUCUUGUAUUUGCAAGGGAUAGAUACAAGCCUGAAGGAGAAAUUCAAUUCCACGUCACAAUGUCAAAAGGUGUAAUGCCAUUUGGUCCCAAACUUGAGGCAGUUUGGGUUCUACAGAAAGAUUUAGAGCAUUCAUGGCUCAGUGCAAAACUGGAAGGGCAGGAUGGCAUUGUGGCUGCCGGGGAGAUUGUAAAUGAUAUCAAACAACAGUUUAUGGACGCAGAAAUGUCAGCUGAUAUUUACAUUGGUGUCACAAAAGAAACUAAACGCACCAAUGAUUCGGGAAAUUUGGUGCCAGGAAAAUAUUUGGAUUUCUACGAAGUCAGAGGAGGAGGAGACCGUUACUUUUUUGUCAAUGGUGUUGGCAUCCAACGUGGUGAUUCCUUCCUAUUUUACCAGGCAGAUUCUGAAACUGCUUCAUCAACGUGUGAUCAUGCCUUUAACAAACUUUUAGCUAUGAAGGCAGAACUGAAAAGCAAAAAUUAUCUUCAUUUGAGCAAGUUUGCCGACAAUGAUGAUAAGAAAGAAGUGCUCGGUGGUUUCAUUUUCUCUUGCUAUCGUCGUGGUGAGUCAUUCUUCGGAGACCCGUUUGUUGAUAGCUAUCCGUUCUGUGACAGCUUUCCUACUGCUCCAGUAGCAGGAAUAUUCUGCAGAGGAGAAAUUGGAAGGGGCCCCAAAAGCUUGAUGAAUGAAGAAUAUGAAGAUGAAAACUCCCCUAGAUGCUGUCUACAUGUUUACAGCACCAUAUAUUUGGUUAUGUCGUAUCUUCCACCACCUUUAGAGAAUUAA